AUGCCGAAGGCAAGAUUCUUCAAACCAAAACGUAGUGACAUCAUUAGUGAGAUUUCAAGUCCCACUAACGUUGUUAAACAUGUACAUGUUACCUACGACCAAGAGACAGGGCAGUUCCAUGGGAUACCUGAUUACUGGAAAGAAAUGAUAGACAAUUCGAAUUUCUCAGUCGAAGACCGAAAAAAUAAUGCGGACAAAAUUCUUAACGCUGUGACCGCUUUCAAAGAGUCUCAAAAAACUAAGUACUUGGGUUUUGAGGGCUUGGAAAGUGUUGAUGAAGAUGAUGAGUUGGAAAGGAAAAUGCGAUUGUUUAUUUUGAAUCCAAAAGAAGAAAAAAACAGUACUAGUGCCGCAUCAUCUCAUCCAAAAGCCAAGCCUACCGUACAUGUAAUUGAGAGGAAAAAUGGUGCUCUCACUCCUCCUGUAGCUCCACCAAAGCCAUCUGCCAGUGAUUCAAAUAAGCAGGCAGCCCCCUUGCUUCGCAAACGUGUUCGCAGGAAACUCACAGAUGAGGAGUUCUAUUCAGAACUAGAUUCCGUGAUAACUCCUGGAAACCCUCGCGAUGUGUAUUCAAUCGAAAGUGAACUUGGUACAGGUGCUUCAGGUACCGUUCGACUUGGUCGAAAUAAAAGAACAGGACAAAUUGUAGCUGUCAAAGUAAUGAAACUAGAUAAACAGCCCAAUCGCGAUUUAAUCGUUUCCGAAAUUGCUGUCAUGAAGCGCAUACAACAUGAAAAUAUUGUUAAUUACUUAGCAUCUUAUUUAUUAAGAAAUGAAAAUCAGCUGUGGGUUGUGAUGGAAUACCUGGAUGGUGGUGCACUGACAGAUGUAGUCACUGAGACUGUCAUGGCCCCAGACGUAAUUGCCGCUGUUGUUCGGGAAUGUGUAAAAGCCUUGGUAUUUCUGCACGAUCAGAAUAUAAUACAUAGGGAUAUAAAAUCUGACAAUGUACUACUUGGAAAACAGGGUCAAGUCAAGGUCACCGACUUCGGGUUUUGUGCUCAGCUUGGUAAUCGGCAAAGUAAACGCCAAACCAUGGUUGGGACUCCUUAUUGGAUGGCUCCUGAAGUUGUUUCGAAGACUGCAAAUUAUGGGCCGAAAAUCGACAUUUGGUCACUUGGCAUUAUGAUCAUUGAAAUGUUGGAUGGAGAACCACCUUAUAUGAAUGAACCUCCACUAAAAGCAAUAUACCUCAUCCAAACAAUGGGAAAACCUAGACCAAAAACCAAGAACUUGCACCCGAUGCUUCAAGAUUUUCUGGACAGAUGUCUGGUCGUAGAUCCUGUAAGACGAGCUUCUGCAAAGGAACUGCUUAACCACGAUUUUUUUAAGCAUGCAGGGAGCUUGUCUUCUCUUGGACCGCUUAUUCGUGCAGCACGAGAGAGUCUGGGAAAAAAGGAAUAA